AUAACGGUACAAAAUGAUAUAUAAAGACUAGCACUGGCCUCUCUACGGCAUAACCAGAUUCGGCUAAACCAGAUUGCUGCAAUACCGCAGUUAUUGCCUUUCUAGUUGGGGCAGAUAAAGAGUUCACACAAUGAAAGCUCAAACCUUUGUUCUCCUCUGGACAUGUUUCCUCUGUGGAACAUUUGCAGAUUUCGACAGCGAGAAUAGCGCAAAGCCAUGUGAAUUGGCUCAUAAAGGUGAAAAUAUUGAGUUUCCGAAGGAUUUUUCGUUCGGCGUGUCAACCGCGGCUUAUCAAAUCGAAGGUGCAUGGAAUGAGGAUGGCAAAACACCUACCAUCUGGGAUACAUAUACUCAUGAACACCCCGAAAGAAUUCGAGAUCAUUCUACAGCAGAUAAUACUACAGAAUCUUACCAUCGUUUCGAUCAAGAUUUGGCAUUAUUGAAGGAGCUUAAGGUGAACUUCUAUCGCUUUUCUAUUACAUGGUCCAGGAUGCUGCCCAACGGAGAUACCUCAGUGAAAAAUCAAAAAGGAAUCGAUUACUAUAACAUGGUCAUCGAUAAGCUCCUGCAGAACAAUAUCCAGCCAAUGGUGACAAUGUUCCAUAACGAUAUGCCGGAAUCUAUUAAUAAGUUCGGCGGCUUUACAAAUAGCUCAGUUAUUGAUUAUUUCGAGGCAUACGCUUCUUUCCUGUUUGAAACUUUUGGUGAUCGUGUCAAAUUGUGGGUUACCUUUAACGAACCCUAUGUAUUUUGUGGAAGAGGAUAUGGGUCUGGCGUGUAUCCUCCUAUGGAGCACAAUCCGGGUGUUGGGGACUAUAUUUGCAUGGAUAAUAUACUGCGAUCACAUGCACGGGCUUAUCGUACCUAUAAAGAGAAAUAUUACAGUUCUCAAAAGGGCAAAGUUGGUAUUACCAUUCAUGUACGAUUUUUCUAUAGAAAAGAAGGCCAAUCUUCUGAAGAGGCCGUGGACCGUGCAAUGCAGUAUGAGCUUGGUUGGUUGGGUGAUCCAAUUUAUAACACUGGAAAUUAUCCAGCUGUCAUGAUACAAGACAUCGAAGAAAAUAGUAAAAUAGAGGGGUUAGCAGAGUCACGUCUGCCUGUCAUAAACAGUACCUGGUCCAAAAUUAUCAAAGGAUCUGGUGAUUUUCUAGCAUUUAAUUAUUACGCUUCUCAUUAUGUUGAAAUAGCCACGCCUCCCGAAGGUGAGAUACCAUCUAGAGAGUACGAUUCAAAAAUAAAGAUUUCAGAUGAUGAUAAAUGGAGGCGUGCCAAAUCUGAAUGGCUAACCUGCGUACCGCAGGGACUUGAAGAUCUAUUGAAGUGGAUUCGUGAUAAAUACAACAACAUUGAAGUAUUAUUAACAGAGACCGGUUGGAGCGACGAUGGACAAUUAGACGACCUUGAACGUAUCGACUAUCUUAGGUCUCAUUUGCAAGCCGUUCUCAACGCAAUAAAUGAUGGAUGUAAUAUCACACACUUUACUCAUUGGAGUGCAAUGGAUAAUUUCGAAUGGAGUAAGGGAUACACUGAGAAGUUUGGUCUCUAUUAUACAAAUAUGACAAGUGUUAACAAAGAGCGCAUUCCCAAGAAAUCAGCAGCAUUUUAUACGAGCGUCAUAGAAAGUCGUAGAAUUCCUAGGGCGAGCGGAGCACUUUCUCUCCGUCCCUGUAUCUUCAACUAUAUAUUAGUUGGUUUACUCUGUGUAUAUACUGCAGUAAGAAUAUUGUUUAAUUAAGCAUUUGUAGUUCCGUAAUCAAAUAAAUGAGUAAUAGUGAUAUCAAGGUAAAAAUUA